UAAAGCUGCACCGCUGAUCUCGCGGGGCCACAUUCAUUCGGUCUAUGGACAUCGCGAGAGCGGCCCGGUCAGCAGAGCGCGCGCUGGUGGUAUUGGCAUCGCUAUCGGCCUGAGAGGAGCGCGAGAGGCGUCUGCAGUACGACAUAGUGAUCGUGGAGACAGGCUGCUACUGCUGCUGCUGCUGCUCAUCUGCCCCGGAUCGCCGGACAGCCCCGUGUGUGUCUCCCUCCCCCGUGGCGCAUGGAGAAAAGGUAUGAAGAGCUGGUGCAGUACCCAGGGUCUGACAUUAUGCCUGUGGGGGGGUACGGAGAGGCGAUGAGGUCCUUGCCCCCACAUCACUACGGCCAUACUGUACCUGACUCGCUUAAACACCACCGCGAUCAGAUCUAUGGCCAUCCACUGUUUCCACUCCUGGCUCUGGUGUUCGAGAAGUGUGAACUGGCCACCUGCUCACCACGUGACUCCACAUCCCUCUCAAACCCCUCCCAUCUUUCUGGAAUGACCAGCCACAGCGAUGUUUGCUCGUCGGACUCGUUUAACGAAGAUAUUGCAGCCUUUGCAAAACAGAUCCGUUCAGAAAAACCCAUCUUUUCAUCAAAUCCAGAACUGGACAAUUUGAUGAUCCAGGCAAUCCAAGUAUUACGUUUUCACCUGCUAGAGCUAGAAAAGGUCCAUGAUCUGUGUGAUAAUUUCUGCCAUCGCUACAUCACCUGUCUUAAGGGCAAGAUGCCCACUGAUUUGGUGCUAGAGGACCGGGAAGGAGGCUCCAAAUCUGAUAUGGAAGACUUCAGCGGUUCCUGUACGAGCCUGUCAGAACAGAAUCAGUCUUGGUUGCGAGACACAGAUGACUGUGUGUCUACCCCCUCAGGCACCCCCAGUGCUUCCUGUGGACUCAACACGCACAGCGCAGAGAACUGCAGCGAUGCCGGAGAUGGACUGGACGGAGCUGUAGCGUCUCCCAGCACAGGAGAGGAGGACGAGUCGGACCGAGACAGGAGAAGCAACAAGAAAAGAGGGAUUUUCCCCAAAGUAGCAACCAACAUCAUGAGAGCAUGGCUCUUCCAGCAUUUAUCGCAUCCAUAUCCAUCCGAAGAACAGAAAAAACAACUCGCUCAAGACACAGGCCUCACCAUUCUCCAGGUCAACAAUUGGUUUAUAAACGCCAGACGCAGAAUAGUCCAGCCCAUGAUUGACCAGUCAAAUCGCUCAGGUCAAGGUGCCCCAUACAGUCCAGAGGGUGCAACAUUAGGAGGUUAUGGAUUAGAGGGUCAAGCUCACUUAGGCCUUAGGACAGCAGGUCUUCAGGGAAUGCCAUCUCUGUCUGCUGACUACCCUGGGGCGCUCCUACCCCAACCGGGUUACACCCACGCCACUCCGUCUCUGCACCCGUACCCCGCACCCCACCCCGCCAUGCUACUGCACCCACCUCCCCAUCCCCAUUCUGCUGAACCUCUUAUUGGACAAAGCCUCGACAUCCACGCCCACUGAGAAUGGGGGAGGGGAAGAGGACACACAAACAGGAGGAGCAUAAGAAGGCGGUGCCGACGUGCUCUCAGAGCACUGGUUUCACCUUGGCGACACGGUGCACAGUUCUGAUGCACUCACAGUAUCAUUCUUCAGUGAGACACCUCUGCACCCUUUAUAAUCACUGUGUCUUAAACCCAGCGACACAAAACCUCCUGUAUAUCAGACUCUACAUUACAAACUGAAAGACGAUGCCUGAAUGACAGCGCUGCAUUAUUAUCUCACUUGCCAUGACAUCAUCGUCAUGAAAGAACUGAAGCUUUUCUUUCUAUUUUGCACGUUACACAUAAAAAACCUUCCGCUCGAUCAGCUUACACCCACGUCUUCCUAUGGCCUUUGGGGUGACCUGAGCUCUCUCCCGAGUCCCUGAACUAAACUCUGGGGCCUUCAGGGCCUCGCCUGCCUUGCCCAGAACCUCUUCUUCAGGAACACCAACAGAGGAGCAUGCCAGACGUCUGCAGUCUGGUGCCUUCACAACUGUACCAAAUAGUCCUGCAACAGUCUUCUACAACCAGUGCUUCUGCCAAGCCUCUCCUCAAGCCCAAAGACUUCCUCACUGCUGGAUGCGUUCAAUAAAAUAUAGAGUUUGAAUGAGCUUCUGAGCUACGGACCAAUCCUAGUCUUCCCACACAGAUGGCAGAUCAGUUCCUUGUCUUAGCUCUAUCGUCAUUAUAUCACUUGUCAUCAAUUCAUCAUAUUUAAUUUAAGUUUUUUUAUGUUGAAUCUAUUUUUGUAUUUAUGUAUUUCAAAGACUCAAUCUCACCAAACCUUGAGUUGAUGUUAAUCUUCAGUUUUUUGAAGCUUUUAUUAAUGUUAGCCCUGUCCAGGUCCUAAACAAGCACAUUUUUCGUUUGCUUUGUAGGAUCCGACUCUUGUGUCAGUGCUUUCUCUCUGUUCAUCACAAAUAAACUGUAUUGAGUAUGUUUUUUUCAUAAAAACAGUUCUAACAGUCUUCACAGUUUCACAACUACAACUGUCUGUGUUGGAUCAAUUGUGUUUCUGACAGAGAGUGACAGAGGCUUUGUGUUUUUCUUUGUUUUUGAACAACUAAACUAAAAUUUGGAAGCUAUGACUUUCUGUUUUUGA